AGCCCACACAAACACUGGGAGAACAUGCAAACUACACACAGAAAGGCCACGGGUGAGAAUCGAACCCAUGACCUUCAUGCAGUGACGUAACAGUGUAUUGCACGUUUUGGACUCACUGGCUUGGUAUGCAAUGCUUUAUUUGGUCUCAGGCGUUUCCUGGUGUUUAGUUAAGUUGCAGCCCAGAUAAAAUUUAGGGCGGGGUCACAAUGUGCAACACCACCUAUUUCCUAAACAACCACUCCACACUUUAAUGCACCUGUAAAUCAUUACAGUCUGUACAUAUCAGCAUGAAGCUGUGAACAAAGGUUGAUGUAAGCGACGGCAGGAUUAUCUGGUUACGGCAGAAUUAUUUGGUUAAGGAAAGGAGCAGAUUAUGGCCUCGACCGUUGGUCUCCUGUCUGAGAAGCACUUUUUGUGCUCUCUGUGUGGAGACAUCUUCACCAGCCCGGUGACCAUACCGUGUGGCCACAGCUUCUGCCUGAACUGUCUGCAUCACUACUGGACACGACACCAGUCUAAGUACUGUCCCCGCUGUAGGAGAGUAUUUACGGACAAACCCGACCUCACGGUCAACAGCAUUUUGGCAGAUGUCACUGACAACUAUAGGAAGACUCGACUGCAGAAAGCACCUGAGGAGCAGAUGGUUAUAGACAUUGAAAAAAUGAUUCAGGAAAGGCUGCAGAAGAUAGAAAGAUUAAAACACUGUCUUGCGCUUCAAAAGUCGUCUUACUUCAGAGAGGUGCGAGAGAGCCAGAAGAUCUUCUCUGCCCUGGUGAACGCUAUGGAGAAAAGUCACAAAGCUGUUGUUGCAACAGUCGAGGAGAGACAGCAGAAUGAGAAACAAAGAGUAGAAACUCUGGUGCAAGAACUUGAAGAGGAGAUCCAGCAGCUGAGGACUGCUCAAGCUGAUCCUCAGUUACCCGUGAAUAACAAGCAAAGUGAAGAAAGCAUUGUUUCUUCUGUCUGUCUAUCUGAGAUGAAGGACUGGUCCACAGUUACCAUAGAAACUGACCCAUGCAUUGGGGUAACCAGAAAAGUGUUGUCAGAUAUGAUGGAUACAAUCAAAGCUGAAGUCAACAGACUCUCCAAAUCUGAAUUUAAGAAAGUAGAGAAAUACACAGUGGGUGUCAAUCUGAGCACUAAGACAGCCCACCCUGCCCUCACUGUCUCAGAUGACAGGAAACAGGUGAAACAUACAAACAAGCUACAGGAGGUACCGGACAACCCAAAGCGGUUUGACCGUGUGCCAAAUGUGCUGGCCAAAGAAAGUCUCAGCAGUGGAAGGUACUACUGGGAGGUGGAAGUUGGUGAGAAGAUCGAGUGGGACCUGGGUGUUGUAAGACAGUCCAUCAACAGGAAGGGCAAAUUCACUGUCUGCCCUGCAAAUGGUUUCUGGACAUUAAGCUUGAAGCCUGGAGGACACUAUAUUGCCAACAGCUCUCCCGUCACGCCACUGGCUGUAGAGCAGAGACCCAAGAAGGUGGGAGUCUUUCUGGACUACACAGAAGGUCGUGUGUCAUUCUUCUGUGCAGAAACUGGAUUACAUCUAUAUAUGUUUACAGACAUGUUCACUGACAGGCUCCAUCCAUUCUUCAGUCCAGGCUGCCUGCACGCUGGCAAAAACGCGGCUCCUCUAAUCAUCUCUUCAAGCUUUUGCAGUAUCUAAAUGUGGCCAAUUUCUGCUUUUAAUAUUCAGCCUUUUCAGUAUCUAUCCACUACAACCAAUAUAAUUAUAACCCAAGAUUCAACAUAAUACAUAGCGCAAAACUAUUUUUUUUUUAUUAUAAUCAGAAUCAUUUCUAUGUAGCAGUUCAGUUACCCAGAAGAAUUAGAGAAGGCCAAAAGAAGGAGUGACUCCUUAUACUUACAAAACUUCAAUGAAACCCAUAAACAGAUUAAACAGAUUGAAAGGACAAAGGAGAAGGGUAGAAGAAAAGAGAAGGCUCUCAUAAAUGAACAAGCGAGUCAAAGUCUUAAAGAAGAGAAAAUGGCUUGCAGGGUUGAAUGGAUGCUCUGGGCUGCCGGGUUGGGACCGAGGUUGAGGAGGAGCGGGGAGGCAGGGUGCAACCAAACAGCGAGGCAUUGUGCUCGUACACCAGGCACUGGGAGACACGCACACAUUGACACAAUCGUGCACACAAGCACAUGCUUCUGCCCACUGCCACGCAGACUCGCACUGGCAUCUCAGAGGGUCUCCAGUCCUGUCCUGGAUGUCCAAGCUGAUCGCCCUUCUUGUCCACCUGGCCUCAGAGACAGAUCAUCAGCCUGCUCUCCGGUCAUCCUGCUCAGUGAACUGAAUUCUCAGGGCCAGAAUCCACUGCUUCUGGACAUUCACACCUGAUCUACACAAGCAACAUCAAAACAACAACAACAAAUAAAAACCCAACGCCAGCCUGUGGAGCAUCUCUGAGGGGAGCAGGGUGAAUGCAAAAUCUUCUAUUGAGGUUACCUGUUCGUGUCUGACACAUCCUCACGCAGCGACACAGGAUCCGCUAUUGCAGCCAG